ACUGGUUGUUGGGGAGAGGGAGGCGAGUGAGGUUGCCGUUAGCGGCCGGGAAUGUCGUUCGGUUUGCGGAAGAUGGAGCCGAGCCGCCCAGCGGUGCUGGAGGUGGAGGAUCGGCAGCAGGGAAUACUCUCCGUGUGUAAUGAAGCUUAAGUAUCUCAACUUCUGAUGUUUUCAGACUUGGUGCUGUCCUGUCCCUGGAUCUGACACUGCACCCACUGUUCUCACUGUAAAAGUUUAUAGAUGGAAUUGCUACAGGUCAGAUGUCUCCUCCUGACCAUCUUUGCUGCCUCUAUUGGUGGUACCUUCCAAUAUGGGUAUAACCUGUCAAUCAUCAAUGCACCAACAAUCUUUAUCCAAAAUUUUAUCAAUGAGACUUGGACUGAGCGCUUUGGCACGCAAUUGGAGAAGCAGGUCAUCACAAUGCUCUGGACCUUUAUUGUGACGGGUUAUUCUGUUGGAGGAUUGGUUGGGGCACUUAUUGCUGGGCCCAUGGCAGUAAGGUUUGGAAGGAGAAAUUUGUUGCUGCUAAGCAAUGUUUUCAUACUGGUUGGUGCUUUGUUAAUGGGGUUAAGCAGAGCAGUCAAAUCCUUUGAGAUGAUUUUAAUUGGGAGACUCUUUGCCGGAAUAAACGCAGGUGUGGGAAUGAACAUUAACCCCAUGUAUCUUGGUGAGAGUGCACCAAAGGAAAUCCGAGGCAUGGUGGCCCUGUCGUUUGCUCCAUUCACUGCCGCUGGGAUAGUAUUGGGACAGACCAUGGGACUUGGAGAGAUUUUAGGCACUGAAGAAUUGUGGCCUUUGUUACUGGCGUCCUGUGCAGUACCAUCUCUGAUUCAACUCCUCACUCUGCCAUGGUGCCCAGAGAGCCCCCGCUACCUGCUGAUUGACAGGGAGAACAAGAACAAGUGCAUGAAAGCCUUGAAGAGAUUACGUGGCGAUGUUGACCUAACCACAGAAAUGGAUGAACUUCUGGAGGAACAAACUGCACUCAAAGGUCAAAAUGCAAAAGGCCUGUGGGACUUGUUCCAAGACCCUUCUGUUCGCUGGCAGUUAAUCAUCACCUUGGUGCUGGGCAGUGCCAUACAGUUAUGUGGGAACGAUGCUAUGUAUUUCUACGCUGUCUAUGUGUUUACUGCUGCAGGAAUUCCCAAUGAAAAGAUCCAGUAUGCUACAAUUGGAACGGGGUGUUGUGAGUUCAUCACUGCAGUAACAAGUAACCUGUUUAUUGAUCGGAUUGGUCGCAGAAUGCUGAUUAUGGGAGGCUACAGUUUGAUGGUUGGCUGUGGAAUAUUGUUCACCAUCUCUCUGACGCUCCAGGACAAGGUCAGCUGGAUGUCGUACCUGAGCAUGAUUUGCAUCUUUGCUUCCAUCUUAAGUUUCGGAAUUGGACCAGCCGGAGUUACUGGAGUCAUACCAAUGGAGAUCUUUGACCAAACUGCACGGCCUGCAGCCUACAUGAUCAAUGGUUCCCUGCUCUGGAUAAACUUUAUUAUUGUUGGGAUGACUUUCCCAUUUAUUGUUGAGGGGCUGGGCAGUUUCUGUUAUGUGCCAUUCAUUUGCCUUAGCUUCCUUGCUGCUUUGUUCAUCGGAAUCUUCCUGCCAGAAACAAAAGGAAAGACUUUUCUGGAAAUUUCUGAGGAGUUCUACAGGUGGAAUUUCAAGGAGCCAGUGAGGGAAAGUUGUGACUUGUGAAAAUAUUGUAAUUGUGUACGAUGCCUGUCUUUGCAUGAUUUCACUUGUGGUAGCUAGUUAUCCUAUUUAUUGUCCAUUUCACUGGGUUCAGAAUUUAUGGAAGAUGUGGGUUUAUAUUGCAUGUUCAUGCUAAUACCAAACCUUUGUAUCCUGUCCUUUACUUUGGACCCUCGGGGGAGAAUUUUAACCUCCUCAUGCCCAAAAUAAAAACAAAAUCAGCCUAUUGGGUUGAAUGGGGAGAUUAAAUACUUAAAAACCAGAUUACUGACCCACUCUGCCCAUUUCCAGCUUUAACUGAGGCAUGAUGUGGGUUGGAGAUUAAUCUGUUUCUUGAAGGGGGAUUAGUAUUAUAAAUAUAACAAUUAGGCUGUGAGCUGAAUUCUCUCAGUUUCUUGAAUGUGACUGUUCUUAACAAGACAAGUAUUUGGCAGGUCCAGGAGGUCUGUGCCUUUUUACCUACUUCCUGGAACCAACCCAUACCUUCCUGAGGAUCCCCUGUGAUCAGCCCCAGGUGAACUCAAGCCUGACCUGGACCUACUAAGUCGUGAAGCCUUCAGUUUUCGGUUUCCUAUCAGACUGGGAGCCAAAACUGGCAAUCAGUUGGCUUUUGAACAAUGAAUUAACCAGAUUUUGCACUCAAUAACACUCCACAGCAUCUGGCAUCUGGGCUACCCGUGGCAUGCUGAGUCACAGGCAUCCUGCAGGUCAGGUUAGGAAAUGGCCAAGCUUUGAUUAUGUUCUCUGUUCUGGCCUCCUUUAUAUCCAGUCGAUCCCAACCUAUUUGAAACGUAACCACCUGUAUUCGUUAUGUUUUGCUAUUCAUACAGUGACUUCUCGUUCCAUAAGGUAAUAUAUUUUUUGAAAAAAAACUUGUUUCCUUCAUCAAAUCCUCUCUGACCUUGACCAUCUAUCUGAGUAACCCUUACUUUCUAUCUUUAAGCCCAUUUGUAUAUAUUCCUAGUCUUUGUGCUAACAUUGAAGCCAGUAUUCUCCAGCAAUUUCUGUUUUUGUUUCAGAUUUACAGAAUCCACAGUUCUUUUUUGUUAUUGAAGCCAAUGUCUUGCUCUCCAUUUCUCUUCCUGCCCCCAAAGAUGUUUUGACCAAGCUUAUAGCUAUCUCUCCUAAAACUACCUAAUGAUGUCUCAAUGACAUCCUUUCAUUGAUUUUAGUUUCUCUUUUAUAAUCUGUUGGCAUGCUUUGUACAUUAAAGACACUAUACAAAUGCAAGUUGAGGUGCAACUUUUUAAUGCACUUGUUAGACCCCUAUAGAGUUACUGUUUGUUGAUCUGUAUGCCUCACUGCAAAAAAAAAAUUAAUCCUGUGCUGAAAAUAGCAUAAAGAACAAAAAGACAGUUCCCAUGAACAACGGGAAAGAACUAUGAGGGAAAGGUUAAAUAUGCUUUAAGUAUUACAGUCCUUAAAAGAGGGACAAAAUGAGAGUCCUCAUUGAUGUUUAGAAUUUUAAGUGCAAUACAGAAAAGAGAAAUAGUGGGUUUAAGCCAAAACAUUUAGGAAAAUCACAUAAAACAGUGACAGUUAUAAAGGAAUAAGAGCAUGAAGGAUACAAUUGAUCUGAGAUUGAGAAAAUCAGUCCAUGAAUUAGUGAGAAAUUUGAGAUACAGGAGGAAAAUAGAUACCAAAAAUAUGAGUGUUUUGGAAGGCAGAUUGCAUCAUGACAAUCCAAAUCUCAAUGUCCAGUGUGAGAAUUGAUCUUCUCCAAAGGCAUCAACACAAAGAGAACGUGAAUCUGCUUAACAAUAUUAUGACAAUAUAAAACAUAGUUGACUAAGUGAAAAUAAUAGUAUUUAUCACAUGAUGCACUUAAACAAACACUAUUCUCAUGCCUACCUCAGACUGAGUGCAAAAUCACUGAACCAGAAAUUACAGUCAAUACUCUUUAUAAUGCUGCUUCCUGGGCAAAUUAGUGAAUGAAAUUAUAUUACUUCAUGCACCUAUUUUUUAAGCAACCUGUACAGGGAUGUUGGACAUAAACCCAGGCCUCAUGGUCCGGGGUAGGGACACUACCACUGCACCACAAGAGGGUCCUGCACCUUUCGAUGUUGAAGAUGUACUCGUAUCCAAAGGCUUCAACAGUGCCAUCUACUCAGGUAAUAUCAGGCAGAUUCCUGAAUAGAGUUUGAAGGGCCACAUACAUCCAUCUGUGUUCUGAAUGUAUACGUAUAUAUUAUUAAGUACCGAUGUGCUAAUUGCUCAAGCAGGCAAUGUUCAAAUAGAAAUUAAGUUGUUCAACAAAUUAGUAUAUUUGGUGUACUGUGCACUGUUACUGUUGUAUAUUUUAUAAACAAUAUUGUGAUUUAUGU